AUGGACCCUGCAAACGAACAAGCACUGAUUGACCUUGAAAUCUUGAUAGCGGAGGCGUCACGGUCUCAAGCAGCAGGAGCGGGUGCUUUGUCGGCUGCCGAGGUCUUCCGCCUGUUCCACGCAGCCUGCAGUCUGCGAGUGAAUGGCCGACUUAUUCGCGGGGAUAGGAAUAUAUUUGCGGAGGCUAAUGCCAUAAUGUGCGAUUGGGACGCUUGGCCAAUGCCAAACAUAGAUGCUGCAACAUGGACGACCGUACUAGAUUAUCAACUUGACGAGAUUAUGCACGCUAUACUCCUACGUGACGAUUUUCUGAAGGAGGGUUUUCCUGUCAUCGGCGCGUUUUUCGAGACUUUAUCCCGCAUCAUUGGUGUCUUUCACCGUUAUAGCCAUGAACGCGGUGGGGGGCGCGACUUGGUCGUCGUUCAGCGGGUUGCCGCGCGCUCGACUGAUAUAAGCGAGCACAUAUGGAAACACCGCGAGAGCCUAGCUGGCCUAUGGACGCCCUCUAUUUGGCCCGAUCCUGACACCUCCCGAGGAGCAUACAUCCUUCCUCUUGUUUGCGCGUAUCAGCACUGCGUCGUACAAGCGGGCACACCUCCCGAAUUUUCAUCACUCAAACUGUUUCUAUACCUGUGGGUAUCCUGUCCGGAUCAAUGGCACCCGAGUACGAUGGAUCUUGCCUUUGAGUUCCAUGGUCGAAUCAUCUGCGAAGGCAGUGAGGACUUGAUCGCAGCAUAUAUUCAAGAGGCCAUAAUGGAUACAUUCGGACCGGACCUUUUCUUUCAACGCGUCCUACAUGAUCUCAAGCAAGAACGUAUAAGUGGCCGGUACCGAGGAUCACUCAUCCAGGCUUUGGAUGUUCCGGGAUUGCAUCCACUGAUGCUACCAUACUUCCCAAAAUAUCCUUGUCUGGACGCAGUGGCGGCUUCGCUGGAGCAGUACGGCCAUGAUCCGGACCCUGAAACUCGUAUAUUGGUCUGUAGGAAUACUUCUUACCUUGUGCGUAACUGUAUUGAACGAUGCGUUCUGAGACACGAUUUAGUGGAUUCUAUUGUAAACGUCGAAGGUUCGCUGCUUCUCGCUGCUUUAACGCGAGAGAUUCACCUCGUGGUCGAUGAUUGUUCGGAGUUCGAGCGUCAGAACAGAGAGCGCCUAUACCACCAGAUCCAGAUGUACACUCGGACCAUGAAAACGAAAGAUCGUCGCUCACAUGUGCGUACGUUUGUGACACAAGUCAAAACCAAUGCACGCACAGACUGGUGGCCCAAUCUUGCACGACUCCAGGCGUCCCACUAUCGCGCCAAGAACGACCGAUUACUCAAUUUGCUCUUAACCGGAUGGAGUGCGUUCGGUCAGGCUUGCGGGCUGGAAGAAGAGAAAGAACGAAGACGACAUCGACGCGAAGGGCGGACAUUCUGCUCCUGGCCCGCUUGCGAGUACAGCAUGGCGAAACCUUCGGUAAAAUUAUCCCUGUGCCAAGCAUGCGGAGAGGCGCAAUACUGUGGCCGAGAGUGUCAGAAGAAGGACUGGAAUCAAGGAGGCCACAAGAAACGGUGUGGGAAUAGGCUCAAGGCAGUCUAA